CUGAUAAUUAAAGAAGAAGAUCCUCUCUGCUGACCAUGGAUCGCUCGGCGAAGGAGCUGUUCCUCAACUUCAUGAUUGUCUUAAUCACUGUACUCCUGAUGUGGCUACUGGUGAAAGCCUACCAGGACUGAAGCAUGGAGCAGCGAGACGGCCGAGAAGCAGGAGGCAGGGAGAAUAAAGGGUCUGAUGGAGAGUGCAGCAUUUAAAACUGUUGGUACUGGUUAGAUUUUGUGUACACAGUGUUUACAUUUUUUUUUUGGUUCAGUUUCUUGGUUUAUAAAAUAAGAUUUAUAUCUGAUUCAGAUACUUCCUAUAUGCUGCUUAUGUAUACAUUGUCUGAGAUGCAUUUAGUUUCUAAUAUAAAUAAGACCGGAAUUCUUUGAGACAUGAAAUUUGAAUGAAAUUAAAAACAGCAUGCAAGCUCUACUGUACAUGUCAGAGAUGUUGUCAUAUUAAUUCAGACUCAGUAAACUAUUGUUGUCGCCUCGUCUGUUCUGUUCGCUCUUAGACCUUUUGGUUUUAGUUUCAUUACACUAGCUAGUUAGAUGUUAAGUAAAUGUGUUUUUCUGCUUUCAGGAACUGGAAAUAAUUAUAAAAAGAAAAAAAAAUGCAUUUUUUAACAAGCAUAAAUAAUGCUGUUUGAUUUUAUUUACCAAAAGAAAUAAAACAGGACGUCCAUAAUCAAAUGGCAGGGUGGUCAAAUAAAACUAUCUUGUUUGACAUGACGUUUUUUUCCAUCAAACAUUUUCAACAAACUGUUUAACAGCAGCUCUUUAACAGCACAGAAAAUGUUUAAUAGUAAAGAUUAUAAGCAGGAAAUCUCCCUGAAGAGGACGCAACACAGAAAUAUGUAUAUUUUUAGUUAUUGCUACAUCAUUGAAGCAGUGUUUAUAUGAUAUACUGGCGUUUAUCUUAUGUUUAUGCUUCUGGCCCAUGUUUUGCUACAAUGUAAAUUCUACCCUUAUACAAAAUAAAUGAUUCCUCUUUAGAAAAGCUGGCACAGUAUA